CGAAUACACAGGUAGCACCAUUUAAUUGUAAAAUGUCACCUGCCAUGGAGUUCCGCUGCCACGGGUAUAGGUGGCAGCAGAUCGAUAGACGCUGACAACCGCACCAGGCUUCCACUCAGGCAUUACCUGACCCAGCUCGUGCCACGGGUGGAGGCGACUGGGGGUGGAUAUGACAUGGGCCUCGGCGUAAGCCGGACACCCGAAGUGUUGGGGGCGAUUCAGGGAGGAGACUGUCCCGCGGUAGAGGAACUCAUCGGGUCCGGACACUCGGUCAAUGCUAUGUUAAAGGUUGACGAUGCGAAUGGGUCUGUUUCUGUCUCUCCACUGUAUUACUCUGUCAAACUAAAAAACACUGGCAUUGCCAAAAUGCUGAUCUCGCGUGGAGCAGACGUCAAUGUCGGGUGUGUUGGAACAGGAUACAGCAGAACUCGUUCAGAGACUCCUCUACACUGUGCAUGCAGGCUGGGUAACGUUGACAUUGCUGAAUUACUCCUGGACCACGACUGUGACGUGAACGCUGUCGACAGCGACGACUGUACUCCUGUCUGGGUUGCUGUUGACAACAAGAACGUGACGAUGGUUGAAUGUCUUCUUUCUCGCCCUGGGAUCCAAAUUAACGUGGCCCGUGAACAGCCCGGAAACAAGGAAGGAGCACUACACAAAGCUUGCAGCACGGGUUUGUCAGAGAUCGUACAACUACUGCUGUGUCACGGCAGCGACGUCAAUGCCACUGAUGAACGCAACAUCACGCCACUUUACCUUGCGUGUCAGAAUGGUUACACGAAUAUAGUCAACGUGCUUCUUACAGCAGGAGCUGAUGUCAACAUCCAACGAAACUGUUUUGGCUGGAAAAAUCAAAAGUAUUCUCCCCUGCAUGUAUCAAUAAAGGGAGGUCACUGCGAUAUUGUUAAAGCUCUUUUGGCCGCUGGUGCCGACAUAGAGACGCAGGAAGCGACUGGGAAAACUGGAUUAUUCCUUGCGUGUAAGGAGGGACAUGCUGACAUCGUAAAGACGCUAUUAGACCACGGUGCAGACCCAAAUGUGAAGACGAAUAAUUUGGGUCAAACGCCUCUGUUUUGUGCCUUACAUUCUGGCCUCUACCAAAUACAAAAGAGGGUAAAACAACUGAAAAAGUCUUCUGCUCAAGGAUUCUUAAAAUACGACUCCCAUUCAUUUGUGGUCGAAAUUUUAGGAUUACUGCUUCAGUAUGGUGCUAGACAUGAUUUGUUAGACAACUCUGGAUACACGGCUUGUGACUACAGCAUCAUGUUGGGUCAAGUGGACACGACGUGCAUUCUACUACAACAUGGUGCCACGAUCACAAAAGAUUGUUACUCGUGUAACACGAAUAGAUGGGACGAUUUUACUAUAUGUAAAAUACUCCUGUUGCAUUCCAGAGAUUUUGUACCACUGAUAAAACGGAAUCUCGACCGCGUGUCACCCGGUGUUAGAACACAAGUUUCUGAUGAUCUAAUGAGACCUCCGAGUUUAUCGAGACUAUGUAGAUACAGAAUAAGAAAUCUAAUCCACGCCAAGACAUCGGUGUCACUGUUUCCUAACAUUGAUAUUUUACCAGUGCCAAAUGUUUUGAAGAAAUAUCUCAAAUUGGAGGACGCUUAUGAUGCUGUUUUUGCACAAUAAACUACAUUUUGAAUCUG